CCAUCUUAACCGAUCAAUCAGGCAUCAGCAUUUAGUUUGGAUUUUGGCGCCGGCGUCGCGGUGCACUGCGCCGGAGUCUCGGUUUGAGCAAAACCCUUAAAACCCUCCAAGCCGUUAACUGUCUAGUAAGGAGCUUCAUUGUCUAGUUCUACAACAGCAAGUUGAAGGGUGAAAAAAUAAGGAAUGGGUAGUGAAGUUGAAAGCGGUCUGGAAGAUAUAUUGAAGACUUUGUUGGAGCAGCUUCAGGCGGCAUGCGGGAUUUUUGAGAGAAUUGUUUAUAAGAACAAGAACCAGCACCGCGGAUGCUCCUAUUUCCAGUACCUCCUAAAGGUAAUAGGCUCUCUUUCGGCUGUCAAUCUUUCGAUUCCGUGUUUCGAUUCGUGAGCAAAAGAAAGCUGAGUGGCAACACAUGCGACUCGGCUCUGAAACUUUUCAUAACCAGGUGUUGUUUUGUAUCCUUAUCGAGGUUGUUGAUUUCGUGUUGUUUACUUGGCGGUGAUGUUAGGUGAGAAGGGACUUAAGGCUUGUGGCUUCUUGCUUCAUAACCCAUCCACAUUGUUUUAGGGACCCCUUAUCUUUAAUUGAUGGAUUCCCGCUUUUCGGAUGAUGAUUUGGAAAUGAAGAUGGUUAUAAUUGCAUCUAGAUUUUUGUCAGUUGGCAGCCUUGUGAUUGGAGUUCUCUUCUUUUCCUGGGAAGAUUAUUCAAAGAGAAACUAUCAGUUAUGGAACUUUUCAUCUACAUUAGUGGAAAGUGCUCGUUUUCUUUCUCUCGUGUGGUUUGGAGAUCAUCAUUAUUAUCCAUGCUUGGAAUCUGAAGAGCUGAUCAUUAGUUAUGCUAUUCUUGUAGGAUUUUGAAAAUUGUCUGACCAUCUGUUAAAUACCCUUAUCAAUUUGGCAUCCUUCUCUCUUCAAAAGAGAUUGUGUGAUUAAAUGACAGUGGAAAGACUUGGAAUUCUCAGUUGUUUUACGUAAUCAGUAACUGAACCAUGUCUCGCAGCUUGAAGUGGAGGCAAAGUGUCUCUGGAGUACCAAAUUUUUUGGAGAGACUUCUGGGAGCUGCAUGCUUACUGUCACAGAUGGUUGAGCUAAUUUUGAAGGCAGCUACUGAGGUAUCUAUUUUGCUUGCACGCUCUUUCUUCAUGGAAUUUUCCAUGGCAGUUUUGGCACUGCUUGCACUACUUAGAGUUUUGGUUCGGCAGAUAUUACUUAAUGUUGCUUCAUUGUCCAACACCGUGUCUUCGCUCGCCCAGAAUAAGCAGUCUGUGAAAAUAAAUAAGAAAGGAAUAGAGGUAUUUCGAGAGUACUAUCCAACGAACAAGGAAUUUAUCACCCUAGAGUGUGUUUGGGAAGGAGAUAAAUUUGUGUUGCUCGAAAGAGUACAGAAAACUGACGUAAAAGAAAAUUAUGAGACCAUAAAAGAUCCCAACAAUGGAAGAACGGCUAUACGGUAUCGAAGCAUUCAGGCAUUUCUUAGAGAGAUUACUGAUGAUGGCGGUGACAUUGAAAAGAUGGAAGUAGAUCAUCCCGACAAAGAAGGCUCUUCUCUAAUGAAGAAAGAUGAGGACUUGUCAGCUGGAUCUCCAACUCCGAAAGAGAUUGAACAUCAGAAGCAAGGUAAUAGCAUCGAGAUGGGAGAUGAUUUACCAGUCGGAGCGAGUCCUGGAAAAGGAAUUAAUCCGAAUGCAACCUCAAGCGCUUCCCCAGAUGCAACAACAUCCAUACCAAAUUCCAGUAGUUCAAGGCAAGUGACAUUUGUUUCAGUGUAAAGGCCUGCUGCACCUCCAGCAGCUGCUGCUGAUGCAUCCUUAGCUGUUAAAAGGCCUUCAACUUCAACUUCGAAUGUGACCACCCCAGGGCUUUCAAGGGGUAGUGAAAAGGAAGCAGAUGGCAUGGAGGAUUCGUUUUGUCGAUUUGCUUACUGCUGGUGCAAACCUCAAUGCUCUUUUGAUCCUAACACCUUGAACUAACUUAUAGUUCAUGUGUAUAGAGAGGAUUGUGAUGUAGGGAAGCAAAAUGUUUUGAUACUGUCAGUUUAGAGCUAGCUAAUGACCCAUCACUGGCGAGGAUGUAAAUGUUUCAUCCUCUCCAAACAAACAUAUCAAUGGGAUUGGUUUCCCGCGAUUUUGUUGCCAUUAUUAGAAGAAAUGAAAUUGAGAGAAAAUUUAGCUGUGAAUUCCAAUAAAGGAUGGAGUCAGAA